AAGGAGAAGAGACGGGACACCACAGGUCAUAAGACCACAUAUACCUCCCAGAACUGAGAGAAUGGCUGUUGAUCAGGACUGGAGCAGUGUUUAUCCAACAGCAGCUUCGUUUAAACCUGCCUCUGUGCCUCUCCCAAUUCGAAUGGGUUACCCAGUGAAGAGGGGGGUACCUCCACCGAAAGAAGGCAAUUUGGAACUUGUAAAGAUUCCCAAUUUUUUGCAUCUUACUCCUCCUGCAAUUAAGAAACACUGUGCAGCUCUUAAAGAUUUCUGCACUGAAUGGCCGAGUGCUUUGGACAGUGAUGAGAAAUGUGAACGACAUUUUCCUAUUGAAAUUGAAACAGUAGAUUAUGUUUCUGCAGGGACAUCUAUUCGUAAUCCCAAAGCAAGAGUGGUGACUUUAAGAGUUAAACUUUCUAACUUGAAUUUGGAUGACCAUGCAAAGAAGAAGCUCAUCAAACUUGUAGGAGAGCGAUACUGUAAGGAUACAGAUACGCUCACAAUUACAACUGACAGAUGUCCUUUAAGAAGACAGAACUAUGAUUAUAGCAUACACCUCCUAACAGUUUUGUACCAUGAAUCUUGG